CUCCCUCCCUCCCUCCUGCGACGAGAGAUUCUCCACGCCUACAGCUACAGCUGCUACAGGCUACAGCUACAGCUGCUACAGGCUACAGCUACAGCUAGCUGCUCCGGAAGAAGAGGAUGAAGAUGGAGGUUCAGAUAGCAGCCACUCUCUCUUCUCUUCCUCCUUCUCCUCCGCCCAUACCCACCAGCAAUGCAUCAUCCGCUUCUCUCUACUCAUGAAGCUCCUCUUUCUCUUCCUCUUCCUCUUCAUCCUCUACUCGAUUUCAAAACCCCCCCUUUCCUCCUUCCUCAACAAAUCCUAGUAUUUAUCUAUUCCCCUCUCUCCUUCCUUCCCCAUCUCUCAAGUUUGCUUCUUUUUCGUCCCUUGUUGUCAUGGAUGCACUAUCCGAAGCAUCCGCACUCACUCGAUUGUCAUUCUUUUCUGCUCCCAAGCGCUCACUUCUACUCGUCUCACAUUCUCACUCUACCUUCUCGACCAGGAACAAUAUUCGCUCCACACACCUGCAUUUCACUGCUCCUUUUCCAGCCAAUUGCACUUCCUCCUUGCUUGGAAGAAAACUAUUUUUUGCAAACCCCCCAAGAAAUGAGGUCUUUCUUCAUGGAAGAAGAAGAAAUAGAGAUCGCUUCAGACCAAUUAUGGCCAAAUUCGUCGACGGACAGGAAACGUCGGAGAUGGUUGAGCAAUUCAAUAAUAAUGGAACCACUCAAGUUUUGGUGAAACGUGGAAUUGUCUUGGCUGCCAUUUUCUGCGGGGUCUUGGUAUUAGGGUGCCGGAAAGUGUUCGCAGUCGAGGGUGUUGCCACUGCAGGUUAUGAUGCUGUAGGGCGUACUAAAUUGUUGUUAAAGGGUAGUUGGCCCAAGAUUUUUCAGGUUCUUCUAGUUCUAAAAGAACAAGGCUUAAUUCUAGCUGCUCUUUUGGGUCUCUCUGCGUUUUUCUCAUUGGCAGAAACUUCAAUUACCACUUUAUGGCCAUGGAAGGUGCGGGAAUUGGCUGAAAAAGACUCAGAAAACGGCGUCUUCAAGUUGCUUCGAAGUGAUGUUACUCGAUUCCUUACGACCAUACUUAUUGCAACAACGGUAUUGAACAUUGGUGCAACUGCACUUGUUACAAAGGCAGCCACAACUAUAUUUGGUGAAGCUGGAGUAAGUGCAGCUACUGGGGUGAUGACUGUUGCUGUUUUGCUUCUCACUGAAAUCACUCCCAAAAGUAUAGCAGUUCAUCAUCCAACAGAAGUUGCUAGAUUUGUGGUCAGGCCAGUGGCUUGGCUUUCCGUGGUAUUAUAUCCUGUGGGAAAAGUUGCAACUUAUUUGUCGAAUGGGAUGCUAAAACUGCUUGGUCUGAAAGGAAGAAGCGAACCAUAUGUUACUGAAGAUGAAUUGAAGUUGAUGUUGCGAGGAGCUGAAUUAAGUGGAGCUAUUGAAGAGGAAGAACAGGACAUGAUUGAGAAUGUAUUGGAGAUAAAAGAUACUCAUGUUAGAGAAGUGAUGACACCUCUCAUUGAUGUUGUGGCCAUUGAUGCUAGAGCAACCCUUGUUGAUUUUCACAACUUGUGGGUGACUCAUCAGUACUCCAGGGUGCCUGUUUUUGAAGAGCGUGUUGACAAUAUAGUUGGCAUUGCAUAUGCAAUGGAUCUUUUGGAUAAUGUUCAGAAGGGGGAUAUCCUUGAAACAUCUACUGUAGGAGAUAUGGCUCACAAGCCGGCGUAUUUUGUUCCUGAUUCAAUGUCGGUCUGGAAUCUUCUCAGAGAGUUCCGUAUUAGGAAAGUUCAUAUGGCUGUUGUCCUCAACGAGUAUGGUGGAACAGUUGGAUUGGUUACUCUUGAAGAUGUGGUUGAGGAAAUUGUUGGUGAAAUCUUUGAUGAGAAUGAUUCUAAGGAGGAAAUUGACAAGAAAACUGGCUAUAUUGUGAUGCGAACUGAGGGAGUUUAUGAUGUGGAUGCAAAUACAUCGAUUGAUCAACUCUCAGACGAUCUUAAUAUCAAAAUGCCUGAGGGCCAUCAGUAUGAAACUGUGUCCGGUUUUAUCUGCGAGGCUUUUGGAUACAUCCCAAGGACUGGUGAGACGGUUAAAGUGGUUCUAGAGAAAGCAAACCGGAAAGAGCAUGGUGAGUUUACAGAAGGAGAAUCUGACCGCCAAGAUCAGGAAGAAAAACAUCAAAUCCUUAAGCUUGAGAUAUUAGCCGGUAAUGCCAGGAAGGUGAGCGCAAUUAGGUUUGAACUAGUAAAUAACGACGAUGAUUCGACAGUGGAGGCAAAAGAUGUGACGCGCUUGAUUCCCAAGAUCAUGAAAAGGAAAUGGAGCGGCGACGUGAAUGGCAACGACACGAAUUUCGACGAAGUGAAUUGCUCUGAAGAAGGCGAGCAUUCCGGUAGCAAUGUAAAUGGCGAACAUGACGAAUCUGUUGUUGGUGGUCAAAAUGAAACAUAGCAAGCAUAGUGGUUUCUUUUAUUUUCUUACUCAACAACGUUGUUGUUUCUUUUUCUGUUAUUGGACAUGAAAAUUUUGUAACGAGUAAGAAGGAAGAAGUUAUAUAUUGUUUUGUUUGGAAAGAGAAAAUAGAAGAAGUAGCACUGAGCUUCAUUU